AUGCGGAAUAUCUCUCGCUUGAUAGCAGUUGGAGCGGCAAUGAGCUCCACGCUUGCCUCUUCAUUUCGCGUAUUUGAUAACACUGCAUAUACCAACACUUCAGUUGGCUACGGAAGCACCAACAUCAAUUGGAUUCACGCAUACGUAUGCAACCCGCUGACAGAAGGGGGUACUAUCCCUUCUGCUGACGUCUGGAAGGCUAUUGUUCUUGAAUGGAACGUUUACCCAUCAUAUCCACUGGUACUAGCUUGUGAGGUUCUUUACUUCACCUCAAGUUCCACAGCAGGUUUAUACCUCAAGGUUAUGUCUACCUUGCAAACCUGGGCGGCGGAUGUUUUUCCAGAGGGGCAGAUCAUUGGCUGGUACAGUCUCUCUAGAAACACGAUCUCUUCACUAUACGGCCACUAUCAAGAAUUGAUCGGCAAUUACUCGAAUCACGCUUUCUUCCCCUCGGCAUAUACGUUCAGCGACAGUAUCUCCACCUGGAAUAAGUCAUUGACCUCAGUGAUUAAUGUCAUCAAUACCAUCAACGACACCCUCCCCAUCUGGCCCUAUAUCUGGCCCCAAUACCAUGGAAACUAUUCCUUCAUCCCUGGGGAUCUAUGGCAGCAGGAGUUGGAACUUCUUGAAGCAAACAGGAACCUGGAAGGCUUCGUGAUCUGGGGUGGAAAGAACCAUGCCGUAUGUAAUGAUACAUACCAGGCAACUGCAGCACUUGAGCCCUGGUUGAAUAUCACGAGAGAAUACCUGGAUACUUUGUAUGGGGUAUACGGUGGGGCUGCUCGGAAAGUGGGGGCUCAGCUGUUCAACUGA